AUGACUGAGAGCAUUACCCUUGAGUCAUUUGGGGCCCUUUAUCGGCAGCAUAUACCGUACUGGCGGUUGCUGACCGAUCAAGGAAUCAUCACCCGGGAGAUUCUUGCAUUCGAAUAUGUCGGCGCUGGCACUGAUAACGAUCCCUUUGCAGUGACCUGGAUCCCAAACGACCCGAGAAAUCCACUGUUGUUUAGCACGGUCAAGAAGGUGAUCAUAACCCUGGCUAUCUCUUUCUCCACUUUGACUGUUUCUUUGACCUCCUCGGCCUAUAGUGGCAGCAUUCACCAAGUUAUGUUAUAUUUUGAGGUUAGCACCGAGGUCGCCACCGUGGGCCUCUCUUUGUUUGUAUUUGGGUUUGCUGUUGGGCCCUUGUUCUGGGCUCCACUCAGUGAGGUGCUCGGGCGACAGUUGCCUUUCUUCAUCAGCACAUUAGGAAUGGCUGUCUUUUCCGCGGGUUGCACCGGGGCCAGAAAUAUUGAAACGCUUCUCAUCCUUCGUCUCCUGGCGGGCGCAUUUGGUUCAUCUCCGCUCACUAACGGUGGUGGUACCAUCUCGGAUAUGUUUGUGGCCCGACAACGCGCAUUGGCGAUCAGUCUCUACGCCGCCGCCCCCUUGUUGGGCCCUACCUUGGGCCCCAUAAUUGGAGGGUUCAUAGGCAUGAAGGCUGGGUGGCGAUGGGUAGAAGGUUUCCUUGCAGUGACGGCCGGACUGGUAUGGCUUACCAUCAGUAUCGCUGUGCCGGAAACCUAUGCACCCUUACUUCUGCGUCGUCGCGCCAAGACCCUAUCGCGCGUUACGGGCAAGGUAUAUCACAGCAAGUUUGAUUUGGGCAGAGAAAAACAGUCCACAUACCGGCUGCUGUCAAAUUCCAUGUCGAGGCCGUUGAUAUUGCUCUUUAGCGAGCCAGUUGUGCAACUCUUCUCGGUUUAUGGAGCUAUUAUAUAUGGCACGCUAUAUAUGCUUUUUGCUGCCUUUCCGAUCGUCUACGAAGAAGGAAGAGGAUGGAACCCGGGUGUGGGUGGGCUGGCGUUUCUCGGCGUCAUGAUUGGGAUGAUCUUUGGCAUGUUAAUGACUAUCCCGGUUAAUAUACUUUAUCGGCGCGUGCAAGAUGCGAAUGAAGGAUACGCGCCCCCAGAGGCCCGUCUGCCAGGGAUGAUGCUUGCUGCGAUUGUCACUCCUAUCGGCCUAUUUUGGUUUGCCUGGACUAACUCAGAGACCAUUCAGUGGAGUGUAAGUGUUAUUGCCGGUGCACUAUUUGGGUUUGGCAUUGUUCUGAUCUAUCUGGGUAUCAUGAACUAUCUUAUUGACUCCUACACAAUUUACGCUGCCUCGGUACUGGCCGCAAGUGCCAUCCUGCGCUCUGUCUUCGGCGCGGCCUUCCCGAUUUUUACCAAUUACAUGUAUCGAAGCCUUGGUAUCCAUUGGGCAUCCUCCAUCCCAGCAUUUCUCACUGUCUUGUGUAUGCCGGCACCCUUUCUUUUUUACAAGUACGGGCCGGCGAUCAGAGCCCGUUGCAAACACUCUGCCAAAUCCCAGAUCUAUAUGGAAAGGUUAUAUGCGAAUGCGGCUUCAUAG